AUGUCAGAUAAAAUUUCUAAGUAUGAUUUAAAACGAACAACAGCGUUUAACCGUUUAAAAGAAACUUAUGACAUUGGUGUUGCAAUAUCUAGUGACAACUCUCAAAAAUCGAUAUUUUUAGCUAGAGUAGAGACUAUUGACAAGGUGUAUGAAGAUUUUAUGACUUAUCACAAUCAAAUUAUUUCUCUCAUAUCAGACGAAGAUUUUAAAAAAUAUGAUGCUUUACGUAUAUCAGCUGACAACGCAUUCUACGGAUCUAAAGCUAUAAAAUAUCAAAUUGUAGGUGACAAUUCUUUGACAAAUAAUUCGACCAAUGUUUCCACUCCUAAAAUUACUGCAAAAUUACCGAAAAUUACUCUUCCUAUAUUUGAAGGCGAUUUCAAAAGUCCUAUUGACCUUUUAGUUGGUGCUGAAUUGGUACCUCAUAUUCUACGUUCGGGACGGGUUUUAGGUGAACCGGGUCAACCUGUUGCUUUAGAAACAAUUUUCGGAUAUAUUCUUCAAGGUAUGGCAGUUUCUGACCAUGUACCGUUACAUAAUUCAACUUUGCUAAGCUGCCAUACUUCUAUUGAAAGUAACUUAGAUAUUCAGCUUCAAAAAUUUUGGGAAGUUGAGGAAAUUCCUAAAAUUUCUAGCCUGUCUACUGAGGAUGUCCAGUGUGAGGAAAUUUAUAGAUCGCUAACUUAUAGAGAUCAGUCUGGCAGAUUCUGUGUACCUCUUCCGUUUAAAAUACCGAAUCCAUUCUUCCGUAAUACAUGUUAUCAAGCUCGUCGACUAUUUACAUCACUAGAGUUCCGGCUUGCUAAAAAUCCAGAGCUUCGUAAAGCUUACUGUGAGUUUAUGCAGGAUUAUCUCAACAAUGGACAUAUGGUAUUGAUCCCUCCGGAAGACUAUAACUCUCCUACAGCUUACUACAUACCUCAUCAUUCUGUUAUAAAAAAUGAGAUAUCUGGACCUAAGCUUAGGGUGGUUUUUAAUGCUAGUUUUCGAGACACGAAUGGAACAUCUCUCAAUGAUUCUUUAUUUAUAGGACCUAAGUUACAACAGGAUAUUGCUUCUAUUCUUUUAACUUUUAGAUUUCAUCUAUAUGUUUUUAUUUGUGACAUUAAGCAAAUGUAUAGACAAAUUCUUAUUCAACCACAAUUUCAAAACUUUCAAAGAAUCAUAUGGCGUUUUUCUUCAGAUGAACCAAUUCAAGAAUACAAACUGCUCACAGUGACAUACGGGGUAUCGUCUGCUCCAUAUUUAGCUCUUCGAACACUGCAAGAACUUGCUAAUCAGGGAGAGUCUCAUUUUCCUUUAGCUGCAAAGGCAAUAAAGAAAAAUAUUUAUAUAGAUGACGCAAUUUGUGGUGCAAAGAUCUAA